AUGAAAAUUGGUGAGAUUGGAUUAGAACCUGAUAGACCAGCACUUACAACUGUUGAGGAGAACAUGAUUUUCCAGUCAUGCUACAAAGAAACAACACAAAUCAAAUCAUCCAAAUUACAUGGGCAUGGAUAUUUGGCUACGUAUCGAACUUGCAGAGAACUUAUGAAAGAGAACCUUGAAGUACAUGCACGUGCUCAAGCUGCAGCUAGGGAGAAGAGCAUUGCUUUAGAAGCGGAGGUUGACAAGCUCAAAGAACAGGUUGCGCAAGAAGCUGCUGAAAGGGAAAGGGAAAAAGAAGAAAAUAGGAGGAGGAUGCAAGAGGAGCUGGAAAAUGCUAAGAUAAACUUAAGAGAAGAAAUGAAGCAAGAAUUUCUUAAUAUGCUAGCGCAGCACAAAGAAGGAGCUAUGAUUAUGAGUACCCUGCAAAACAAUGCCAGUACACAAGUUGCACCAACCAUAGAAGAGGAAGAUGAGACCGGUGGACAUGAAAAUGAAAAUGAAGAUGGGUUACAGGAGACUCAGCCUGGAAGCGUUGUCACCGUACAAAAAGAUGCACCAGCACCUACUCACUCCACUAGAAGUACUGCACCUCCCAGCAGAGCUCUUUUCAACGAAAACACUGCAAAUGUGAUUGCAUCGAACACAUAUAUCACUUCACAGCAGCUAAUGAAUAGGACAAGAAAUAAUCCCAAAAGGAGGAAGGAAAUGUAG